GAUAUGAUCCAGCUGGAUUCUAAGAAUCAACAACCCCCUUGUGAAUAAUGGUUAAAAACGGAUCCCGCCUGGACUUUGAAACGCUGGCAAUGCUCCAGAAUAAAGCUAUCUCCAUCACCCUUCCAGUUGUGUAUACAUUGGUAGCUAUGAUCAGUAUCCCUGGCAAUUUGUUCUCCCUUUGGGUGCUCUGCUGGCACAUCAAACCCAAAACACCUUCUGUUAUCUUCAUGAUCAAUCUAAGCAUCACAGAUCUCAUGCUGGCCAGCUGCUUUCCCUUUCAGAUUUCUUAUCACAUCCAAAGCAACCACUGGAGCUUUGGCAAGACCCUUUGCAGCCUUGUGACUGUGAUGUUCUACUCCAACAUGUAUUCUUCCAUAUUGACUAUGACUUGUAUCAGCAUUGAACGGUAUAUGGGUGUGGUAUAUCCCAUGAAGUUGAUCAAGUGGAGGAGAAAAAGAUAUGCCUUUGCUGCCUGCCUGGGUAUGUGGAUUUUCUUGCUAAUAGCCUUCUACCCACUAGAAAGCACAGAUCUGACCUAUGAAGUGAAAGAACUGGGGAUUAUAACCUGUUUUGAUGUUCUCAAAUGGGAUAUGCUGCCCAACUUUGCAGCCUGGGUUGCCUUUCUCCUCACGCUAUUUGUCGUGCUAUUCCUGAUCCCAUUCAUCAUAACAGUUGGAUGCUAUAUUGGCACCAUUCGGAAGCUUAUUCAGACAUCAAGCAGAUAUGGUAACAGGCAGAAGACUAGAUCCAUAUAUCUAGCCAUCAUAGUCCUUCUGGUAUUCAUCACUUGCUUUGCCCCCAAUAACUUUAUCCUACUUGUGCAUAUGAUCAGCCGCCUAUUUUACAGCAGGAGUUUGUACCCUGCCUACAAGCUCACCUUAUGCCUCAGUUGCUUCAACAACUGCAUAGAUCCGUUCAUUUAUUAUUUUGCAUCCAAAGAAUUUUACCAGAAAUUCAUGCAAGUGUUUCGUCCUAAGGUACUGCUCAGUGACAGUCUGGAAACCAGAAGAGAAAGCUUAUUCUCUGGCAGGACCAUGUCGGCCAGGUCAAUGUCAAGCGGACCUAUGGAUGGAUUAGAGGGAGUAAAGGUCUAUUUGCAAAGGCAGGAAAGUGUUUUUUAGCCUUAAACAUUCCCAGAAGAAAGGCACCUGUGACAUCCA